CGCGCGGGUUACUCGGUGUACGUCUGUCCAUCUCUUUCCGUAUUGAUAUCUUACUUUCUCUCACUACCUUUCUUUCUUUUGCUAAUUUUCCGGGGCUACGCUGCUGACACAUCAGUGCACACUUCCCAUAAUAAACAGCAAAAGCUUAGUGUAGCCCGCGACGGUGGCCAGCGGUGGUGCGUAGCUGAAAGUGCAUCUCUAUCCCGUAUAUACAGUAGUCGAGAAAAACAGAAAUGACCAAGUAUUCGAUAUUCAUUGCCGUGGUGUUCCUAUUAUGUGGAUUUCUUGGACAUACCAGGUCUCAAGGAGAUGUACCUAACACGGAAGAAGUAUUGAACAAAGUCUCUCAAGUUGUAGACUUAAACAGCCUCAAUAUAACCAAAGGCAUAAACAUGAAUGAUCUCAACUCAACUGUAACAUCCACUUUUGAAGAAGCUAAGAAAUCUUUUACUCAGAAAUGUGAAAAAAAUGGAGGAAAAUAUGAAGAUGUUGCAAAUGCAAGCGAAAAGUUUAAAAACUGCCUUGAAUCCUUUGUACAGAUUUCAGAGUUGACAGAAGAGAUGGAAAAAUACAAGCCCACAGGAGAUCUAGAUUUGGUGUUCAAGAACUAUUGCAGAAAGACUCCUAUGCUUAAAACAUGUGUCAGUAAUUACACAGCAGUCAUAGAAACUUGUUUGGAACCAAAGGAACGAGAGAAUGUGAAGAUAGUUCAAAAUAUCACAGACUCUCUCUUAGAUUUUAUGUGCUACAAGGAAGGAGAUCGCAUUGCUCUUUUCAUAUCUGCUGAUGGACCAGAAUGCUUGAAAUCAAAACAAGAUGAACUUGCAGAAUGUUUCAAUAAUACUUUUCUAAGUUAUAUACCACAACAAAGUCCCAAUGGGUCUUUACCAAAGGAACUUCCUCCCUUUAUUUUUGGAACCAAAGAAUGCACAGACAUUACAACCUUUCAAACAUGUGGUGUAAGGGAACUGGAAAAGUGCUCAGAUCCAACACCAGCAAACAUUGCAGAUUCUGUAUUCAAUUAUAUUUUGAAAGUAACACCAUGCCAAAAUUUGAUAGGGGAUAAAAGUGCUGCUUCCAACUUGACAGUCAGUUUGUUGGUUACAAUGAGCAUAAUGUUUUCAUUGUGGAGAUUCGUAAUUAUACCAACAUGUAAAUUGAUGAUAACAGAGGAAAUAUUUUUUCUUGCAGGUCAUGGUGGAAAAAGAGCUGAGUUAACAUCUGAUGAAGAUUCCAUCAAUAAUGAUGCAUGUAGUGUAUCCAGUAAUCAGUCUGAUAACCGCAGCAUGUUAGAUGAUGUGAAUGACAAUGAGGUAGAUGAAAUUGCGCAGCAGGAAGCAUUUGAGGAAAAACUGAAGGAAGCAAUUGAUGGUUUGACACAAAAGAGUGCAAAAGGCAGGACAAUUUGCUUUAAUGGAAUUGAGAAAAUUUUUGCUGUCAAAUAUGUCCCAGAGUUUGUGGAAGACAGGAAGAUGACUAUCACAGAUUCUGUGGAACGGGGCUUAAAAAAAGGGCGUACUGAAGAGCAAUCUACAGCAGCCAGAUUAAGUACUUUACUUUGUGUUCAAUUAGGUGCAUUUGAAAGUGCAGAAGUAGUCUGCCGGGAUUUAAAAAGUAUUCUUACUUUUAUCGCGAGCGACACAACAGCUUCGACUCAAACUCGUUCAGAGUGUUGCUGGGCUCUGAGUAUGAAUCAGUUCUUAUCAGGCAAUGAUGCAACUGACACCAUUGAAAUUGUGCAAUUACUAUCGGGUAUCUUUUCUGGUUCCUACUUAAAAGGAAAUGGUGCUAUAGCGACUAUAUCUCCGGAAGUUGCAGCGUUGCACGCUGCGGCAAUUUCCUCGUGGACAUUACUUUUGACAGUCAUGGCAUCAGCUGACGUAUACAAUUUGCUUGCAAGCGAUAGAACCAAUAGUUACAUGCCGUCCCUGAAUAGAUUACGUGAACUACUACAAUCACCGCAUUUGGACGUAAGGUUGUCAGCUGGAGAAGCUCUUGCUGUAAUAUUUGAGUUGGGUCGAGAUUUCUCCUGCGAUUACGAGCAAGAUUGGUCGCUGGAUUUGAUUGAAGCAUUGAAAGAGCUUGCCACGGAUUCUAACAAGUACAGAGCAAAGAAAGAUCGUAAGCAACAGAGAGCUAAUUUCAGAGACAUACUUCGUUACAUAGAAGAGGAUAUUGUACCAGAGAUGCACGUUAAAUUUGGCCAAGAAAUUCUAUACUUAGAGGGAUGGUGUGCACGAACUCAGUACAACGCAUGCUGUAGGCUAUUGGGUCCGGGUAUAAACAUUCAUCUUGCGGAAAAUCAGCUUCUGCGCGAAAUUUUCCAUCUUGGUAACAAAGUUUUACCAAUACCGUUGAAUCAAAAGACAAGCAAAUUGGAAAGAACAUUGAUGAAUGCAGCUGCAUUUAAGGCACGCACUAUUCAACGUAAUAAAAAUAGAGACAAAAGAUCAGCAGCCUUGGCACCGUGAUUCUUCAACUUUCUGCUUUUAUACGUUAGAUAAUUUCUUUUAAAAAUAAUAAAAACUCGAUUAAAUUUUUUAUUUAUUGCAACUGGUCUAUGAUUAAAGAAAAAAUACUAUUGCAUAUUAUUCUGCAUCGCGAUAGUCUAUUUUAAAUUGUAAAUAGAAAUGAACGAAAGGGACAACAAAUUACACGCGGAUUCUAUUCCAGUUCGAUGGAAAAAAAAUUUAAUCUAAUUAGGCAAAAAUGAUUAUCGUUGUACAAUGUUAUGUAAUGCCAUUUACGUUUUGUAUAUACGACAUUGAAGUAUGUAUAUACGCUAAACGCAUUUGGUAGUAUGGAUUAUAUUUGUUUCUUUUAUCGAAUACAAUAAUUAU